AUGUCCGUCCCCGAGAUGCAAUGGGCCCAGGUCGCCGAGCAGGUCGGUGGCCCCCUGGUCUACAAGCAGAUCCCUGUCGCUAAGCCCGGUCCCGAUGAAAUCCUGGUCAACAUCCGCUAUUCGGGUGUGUGCCACACCGAUCUCCACGCCAUGCAUGGCCACUGGCCCCUCCCCGUCAAGAUGCCCCUGGUGGGUGGCCACGAGGGUGCCGGUGUGGUCGUCGCCAAGGGUGAUCUGGUCACUGAGUUCGAACUCGGCGACCACGCGGGUGUCAAGUGGCUGAACGGCUCCUGCCUUGCCUGCGAGUUCUGCAAGCAGGCUGAGGACCCUCUGUGCCCGCACGCCCUGCUUUCGGGUUACACUGUCGACGGUACCUUCCAGCAGUACGCCAUUGCCAAGGCCACCCAUGCCUCCAAGAUCCCCAAGCAUGUGCCCCUCGAUGCGGUCGCUCCCGUGCUCUGCGCUGGUAUCACCGUGUACAAGGGUCUGAAGGAGUCCGGCGCCCGGCCCGGCCAGACAGUGGCGAUUGUGGGUGCCGGUGGUGGCCUGGGCUCCCUGGCGCAGCAGUAUGCGCGCGCCAUGGGCCUGCGGGUCAUCGCCAUUGACGGUGGCGAGGAGAAGCGCGCCAUGUGCGAGUCGCUUGGCGCAGAGGCCUACGUCGACUUCACCCAGUCGCAGGAUCUGGUUGCCGACGUCAAGGCGGCCACCCCUGAGGGUCUGGGUGCCCACGCGGUCAUUCUGCUGGCCGUCUCCGAGAAGCCCUUCCAGCAGGCGACCGAGUAUGUUCGCUCGCGCGGUACCGUCGUUGCCAUCGGUCUCCCCGCCAAUGCGUUCCUGCGCGCUCCUGUCUUCAACACCGUGGUGCGCAUGAUCAACAUCAAGGGCAGCUACGUCGGUAACCGCCAGGACGGUGUUGAGGCCAUCGACUUCUUUGCCCGCGGCCUGAUCAAGGCUCCCUUCAAGGUUGCCCCUCUGAAGGAUCUUCCUCAGAUCUUCGAUCUCAUGGAACAAGGCAAGAUUGCCGGUCGCUACGUCCUCGAGAUGCCCCAAUAA